GCCAGAGCUUCGCUCCAUAGUCGGUUUUUGCAUCUGAUGUGCGGCGGGCGGACGCAGCCGGCCACCGGGAGCGCGAUAUGCAUGAGCGUGUCAUGUGACACGCGUGUCAAGUAGUGCGCGGCGGCGGCGUUGCUGCACACGACGCCGUACACUGACGGAGACGGUUAUCGCGUCCGGCGGUAGAAUAACAGGAAAGAAAGAAGACGAGACAAAGAAGGAAAGAGAGAGAAAAGGAGAAAAAGAAGGAAUAGGAAGGAAAAAUAAAACAUUCUUGCGUGCAUGCGUGAGAGCAUCAGUUAACGUUCUCCGUAAACUUAGACCUGGUAUUUUCUUCGUACUUCUGAUCCUCGGUGACGGUGCAACGCGCAACACGGUACAUAAUACGGUACGCGGUGGGCGCAAUUAUGUUACCGGCGCAAAGCGGCGACGGCACCGACGGGAAUAUCAUCGCCCAUGCAUUCAUUCGCCACCAUCGUCAGCAUCGUCAUCGUCGGAGGACAUCUCGACGUUGCGAAGUAUUAUACUGCCGGAUUACUCGCGGUUAGACUUCAACGACUCUCUUUUCGCGUUGCUCCCGAUUUCUUUCUCGAAGAAGGAAUAUAUCCGGGGUAGUCUGCGGGGAAUACAAUCGCGAUUCUUGGCAAGUAGAUAGUGGAAGGAACGAAAGUUCUUAGGGUUGCGAAAGGUGAUGGAUGCGACGACGUUCGCGAACACGUGGUUGAGUGAUCAAUAUAUUUAAACUACUACUGUAAGCAGUGUAAGAAAGAAAGCGAAAACGAAACCAAGAAAUAGAAAAAAUAUAAUCUGUUUACGGAUAAAUAAAAUCUUUAUCCUUUAAUCGGGCAAAGAAAGAAGCGCGGUCGUAACGGAUCAUAAUUCGAGAAAAUCCCUCGCGAGGAAAAGCCCACCCGUCAGGACAUGGGAGAUCGCUGUACUUGUGCAAAUCGUCAUAUUGCAGGUUUUAGGAAUGCGGGUGCGGGUGGCAAGGGGAGGUGAUGGUCCACGCUUGAGGUGGUUGGUUUUUCUGGUCAUAGUAGUGGCGGUGGUGCGAGUCGCGGGUUCACCUUCGAACACGCUGUCGUCGACAAACGCGUUGUCAUUGUCGCGAAUAGAAUGUCCCGAGGGAUGCGAGUGUGCGGAUAUCAACAGCAGUCUGAGAUGCACGGGGCGAAAUUUCUCCAGUCUCGUUUUACCACGAGACGUUACGAGCGUGUCGCUCAGAAAUGUCCAAGAAAAGAUAAUUCGGGCAACCGCUUUGGAGAGGACCAUCAAGCUACGACGGCUGAUCUGGUCGUCGAGCCGCGUCGAAAGAGUGGAGUCCGGUGUAUUCGGUGCUACCCCGCAUCUCGAACGACUCGAUCUAGGUGAUAAUUGGCUGGCCGACUUACCGUCGGACGUCUUCCAUCCAUUGCAUCAACUUCAGUACCUGAAUCUUACCGGAAACCGGCUGGCCGCGUUGCCGCAACAGCUGUUUCAUCAUCUGAAUCGCCUCCAAGAAAUCCGUCUGGCGGCGAAUCUACUUUCUGUACUGCCUUAUCAGGCGUUCUCGUCCGCCAAAGAGCUUGUACGACUCGAUCUCAGUGGUAACCGGCUAGUCUCGCUGCCGGAUCAUAGCUUUCAGCCGAAUCGACAGUUGCAAGAGUUACGACUGGUCGGCAACCGGCUGACAAAACUGCCGCCGCGGCUGUUUUCCGGCUUGGUGCAACUGAAAGUGCUCGAUCUCGCCGAUAAUGAGAUCGACGCGUUACCACGUAGUCUCUUCAACGAUCUGACGGCCUUGCAACACCUCGAUCUCGAGAGUAAUCCGAUCGCACAUCUCACGGACACCGCGUUUCAAAGCCUCAUCAAUCUACGCUGGCUCGAUCUGAGUCGUUUGCCGAUUUCGUCGCUGCCCGAUAACAUCUGGCGACCUGUCAGCAGACUUAGAACUCUCCUGUUAUCCGGAACCAAAUUGGAGAAUCUUCGAAACAAAAAUCUGGCUGGUUUGACCGAGUUGGAGACAUUGGAAAUUACAAACAGCCCAUUACGAGAGAUCGGUCAGUUGACUCUGAAUGAAACACCGUCCUUGCGUAGAAUCGAUUUGCGUAACAACGAGCUAACUUUCCUGCCUGCGAAUGUGGCACAUUUACCGCUGCUGGAUGAGCUACAAUUACAGGGCAAUUCGUGGGCCUGCGAUUGCCGCAUGUUUUGGUUCGUCAAAUGGGCGGAGAGCAGAGCACAUCUGCGAGCAGCUUUUCAAAGCGGGCUCAAAUGCGGCCACGAGAUGGACAGCACCGUAAACAUCCUGCAGACAUUACGCUAUCUCGAGUGCAGUCCACCAAUUCUAGUGCAGGUUACUAAAACUCAACAGUAUCUUCUCUUGAGCUCGGUGCUGCUGGAAUGCGAGUUCAGCGGGAAUCCCGCGCCCUCCUUGACCUGGGUAACUCCGAGCGGUUUAGUGCUCCAUUGGGUACCAGAUCCGGGCUUCCCCGAUGCAUUCGUCGAACAUCCGAAAGUGCACAGCUGGCGGACAGAUCGGCCGGUCAUCGAUGACAACCGUAUUCGCGUCUUGGAGAAUGGCUCCCUUUAUAUCGCAACGCUGUUGCGGCAGGAUGUGGGCAAGUACAAGUGUACGGCAGUCAAUCCGAUCGCUAAUGAGACCGUCUACAUAACGCUGCACAUGGACCCAAUAACCUUAUACAAUAUCAAGAUCUUUAGCAUCCUCAUCGGCGCAAUUUGCGCUGUGGCAUUUCUUCUACUGACAUUAAUGGUACAGCUGCUGCGGUACUUGUUCGUGAAGUGCGGAUGCAUCAAGUGGUGCAUGUGCUGCAGACGCGUGGGCGUGACUCCACGGGCCAAGCAGAUCUACCAAAUGCUCGACAAUAUCGAGCAAUAUAAGAGCCAGCAGCUCGAAAGACUGAGAGAGAACUACACACAGCAGGUGCAUAGAAUUAAGGACAAUUGCGUUCAGCAAGUGGAAUGGAUCCGCGACAGCUAUGAGGGUCAAAUGCAGCAUAUACGAGAUAUACGGGAUUACGGUACUAGCCACCUGACCGCGCUAAGAGAUCAGUACUAUGAUCAGGUGAAAAGAGUACGGGACUAUUCCACCAGUCAGCUGAAUUGGGUACGCGAGAAUUAUGUCUUCCAACGGAACAAGAUCCGCAAGUUCAGCGCUCAUCAGGUGUUGCGAUUGCGCGAGAGUUACAAGUAUCAGCAGCAGACGUUGGCCAAAGUGCUGGAGAAUCUGCCAAAUCUGUACUUUGAUAAUUGCCGAAGCGGUUCAUGCGGCAAGAGCGACUCUAUGAUAUUCGAUCCUACUAAGGACACUCUCAACGGCAUGGAUACGUAUUUCAAAGCGAAGAUCGACAAUCUGGCGGCAGGAGUGAGUCUGGAAGACGUCAACAGCGAGUAUUACACGCCGACCGAGCUAUCGUCGACCAGUCCGCACGGUCAGAACAUCUUGGAAGGCAUUCAUAUCAAUUACAUUGAGGAAAACGAUCCACCGCCACCUCUGGAACCGCCUACAAUGUUACCCGCUUCGACGAUACUGCAAUGUAUCGAUAAAUACAGCAGCACGCUAUAUAAAAACUACGAGAACGACAAGCCAAUCUUCAAAGGCUCUAAUGGUACAGUCUUGGCUAAGGAAAGGAGAGAGACUCCAGAGGUCCUAGGACUUCUAGCACCUAGCAAUAGUUUACCCGAUCUUCCACGCGAGACUAAACUUUAGCCGGCAGAAAUUAAAGCGCGUUAAAGUGGCCAAGAAUGGGUUCCUGCUAUCAUUUAAGUUAUCAGAAAAUACUAAAAGAAAAAUUGUUCUCGAAUAAUCAAUAGGAACGUAACAGAAAUAUCAUUAUCACCCUGCGUCCGAUAAGUGAAAAUCGCGUCUUCGAUGUCGAGGAGAUCGUUUGAAGUUUCUUCCGCUUUUGACUAUAUGGCUGAUUUGAAGAGAGUGUUCUAGAAGACAGUUCAAGAAGAACUCGUGUGAGUGCCAAGAAACGAGAGAUCCUUCCUUUGGCGAGAUCAAUGAUUGUCGAUGAUGAUCGAUCGCAAGAAAGUGUGUGCAUGUGCUAAUCUAGGAGAACAAAAAAAAAUUACGGACAGUUUUCAAGGACUACUCUUAAUACGAUCGACCUUGCAACCUGUCCGUCUUUCAUUAACGUGUGCUUUUUUUCAUCAGUGUCAUCGUUUUUGGAUGACUGCCAUCAUUCGAAAGGAUAAAGAUUUCAAAAUAAAAAGAGAAAUACGCGAAUUGCAUGUCGCGUCCUCGUUAACUUGACUUUAAAUUAAUUUCCUCUUACAAGUGCGAUGAGGAGGAAAAGUAACUUCGCCUAGUUGUCAAUUCCAAAAGUCUUAAGAUUGCAAGUUCCGCAGAGAAUCAUUCUCAAUCUUUUCUGUAAAUAUGCGUGCGUGUAAGUUUUACGUAUCAGUGAUAUCACAAAAAAAAAUCGGAUCAUCCUCUCAUUGCGAAAGACUGAGGCAGCGAGAUCGACAUACCCGCAAUUCAUUUGAAUUGCUUUUGUCUUAUUUGUCUUAAUUUUUUCAUGAAUUAAAAAUCAGCGGGAAAAUCAUCAACGUUCGGUUGCUCGCGUCCUUUCCUUUCUUUGUUCUUUUCUUUUUUUUUUUAAUCACUGUUUAACGUAAUAGAUUACAAAUUGAUCACGAUAUAGAAGUAUGUGCCUAUCAGAGAAAGAAAAGGAAACAUGCCAGAAAGUAACCAACGUACGUACUUAAUUUUUUAAUUAUUAUACAACAUAUCUCGAAUCAUUCGGCAUUCGUGCGAAAAAAAACAAAAGAGAAAGAAAAUUAUAAUAAAAAAAAAAAUUAUAUUGGCUGUUAAAUAUUUUAAACAAAAGCAGCGUUUCAGAGAAAGAAAUUGUAUGUACAGAUUUAGUUGCAAAGUUGCUCUUAUAGAAAUUUUGCUAAGACGCACUCCUUUGUUGAAUAAAUCCUGAUGAAUUAUCGCCAAA